GCUAUUAACGCAAUGGGACUCCAGGUUGGCUUUGCCAGCAGAGGUUAUCCAGUGCGCGGAAGGGCUUGACCAGCCAGCAGAAGAGCUGCAAAGGAUCUGGAAAGCGGCGCAUCUCCUCUAGGGUCACUAUGGAAACCAUGCAAAGGAGAGUCCAUUUGGCUUUCCUUGUGUUCCCACUGGUGGUGUUUGGGGCUCCCAGGGAUGAGUCGAGCCCCCCACAGUUCACAACUACCCUGAGCGGCUGCCGCCGUUGCUGUGACUCCCUGGAUGCCCCAGGCUCCUCGGAGACCAGUCCUGGCACAAACAGCCCUCGCUCUGUACCCUAUGUGAUGCCAGAGGUCCGUCCGUAUAUCAACCUCACCAUUCUGAAGGGAGACAAAGGAGAUCAAGGAGAGCCUGGAAUUCCUGGGAAAUGGGGCAAAGAAGGACCCCCUGGUGAACGGGGAGCUCAGGGCCCGAAGGGGAGCAAGGGACAGAUGGGUGCCCCAGGGGAUCCUUGUAAGCACCAGUAUGCUGCUUUCUCGGUAGGCCGUAAGAAGGCCCUCCACAGCAACGAGGGGUACCAGGCCUUGAUCUUUGACACCGUCUUUGUGAAUCUCUAUAGCCACUUCGACAUGUUUAAGGGCAAGUUCUACUGCUACGUGGCCGGCCUCUACUUUUUCAGCCUCAAUGUCCACACCUGGAAUUUCAAGGAGACCUACAUGCACGUCAUGAGGAACGACCAGGAAGAGGUCAUCCUCUAUGCCCAGCCCAGCGACCGCAGCAUCAUGCAGAGCCAGAGCCUGAUGCUGGAGCUGCGGGAGAAUGACGAGGUCUGGGUGCGCCUCUACAAGCGAGAGCGUGACAACGCCAUCUACAGCGACGACAUAGACAUCUACAUCACCUUCAGCGGCUACCUGAUCAAGCCCAGCCUUGAGUAACUCCUUUCCUUCUAAGAACUUCUUCUGCUUCCCGUGCAUUCUCUUCACUGCCUGCAACUGCUGCAAAACACACACGGAAGAACUGGAGGGAUCCGGGCGUUCGGGAGACAGCCAUAGAGAAUGUGGUGCUGAGAAAAGUGGAUGCUACUUUU